AGAACAUUUUACUGAUGUUGUUAAAACAAAAGUUAAAGAAAAAUAUAAUAAUCUUGUUGUUAUUCCUAAUAGUUUAACUUCUGUAUACCAACUACUUGAUGUUUCUAUUAAUUAUCCUUUCAAAGUAGCACUUUGUCAUCAUUGA